GAUUUCCCAUUAUAUGCUUGAAUUUUACACAUAAAGACCUACUUCAGUGGGCAAUAAUACUAAUUCAUUCAACGUAUUUAGUCUUUAUUUGAGAAUAUGGCGGGAACGGUGUCUUUCUCUGGCUGGACAGCGGUUAAAGACCGAAAGUCUCUUUCCGCGGACCAGGAGCCGAAGUCAGGUCGUGAAUACACCAUGUAUCACGGCACAUAUCUGAAAAACGCCAAGAACAUCAUCAAUAAUGGAUUUGUACCCUCUAAAGAUGGACUGCUGGGCGCCGGAGUUUAUAUCAGUCGUAACAUUGAGAAAGCCAAGUGUUACCCGCUCAAGACGGACAAAAACGACAAAGUCGUUUUCAAGUUGAAGGUGUGUAUAGGAAAAGUGAAGAAAAUAGACUGUGACAAUCACCCUCUCCAGAAAACGUGGCACCAGAAGGGGUACGACUGCGCGUGGGUCCCGCCAAACAGCAACAUCACCAGCAUCAAGUCUGGUCGCGAGGAGGACUGUGUGUGGGACCCCAAGCGCAUCACGGUGAUCGACGUGGCGUGUUGUGUGGAUGACCAUAAACGCAAAGAGCUUAGACAACUGAUCCGCAGUCAGCGGAAAACUUCUGGCUGCCACCUUUGCCACCAAGACACCUCUGAUGGGCCCCAUGAUGUUCAGACGUGCUGGGCGUGCGGGGAUAAAAUCUGUCCUUUUCAGAGGAAACAUGUUUGCCCAUAAAGAGUCAUGCAAUGCAGUGUUAACUUUUUGGACAUUUGUUUAGGUUGACAUCCAUAGAUUUGUUGUUCAUUUAUGUAAUAGGAUAAAUAAAAUAAAAAAUAUAUAUAUUUUGUC